AUCAUUACAAAUAUUUGUAAAUAGACUUGUGGUGUAGCUGUAUCACCUGAUUUCAAAAUUACCAAAUUCAAAUGAGAAUUAUAUAGUAUUGUGAUAGUUCAACAAUCAUUUUUCGUUUAAAACUAAAGGUCAAAUGCAAAGUAUCCUUUAUUAAUUAAAGUAAUCUUGGCCACGUCAUUUUAAUGGAUUUUUAGUAAAAAUAGAACAUUCCAGGCGAUAAGAAAUGGCUUCGAGUACAGAAGAAAAUAUUAGAGACUCCACCGGCGAUGGAAGUCAAAAUUCCAAUACUAAAGAUGAAGAGAAAAAGGAUGAUUCUAUGUUUGAAUGUAAUAUUUGUUUAGAUACAGCUAGAGAUGCUGUUGUUAGUAUGUGUGGACAUCUGUUUUGUUGGCCAUGCCUUCAUCAGUGGUUGGAAACCAGACCGAACAGACAGGUUUGUCCGGUAUGCAAAGCGGCCAUAAGCAAAGAAAAGGUGGUACCACUCUAUGGAAGAGGUAGUACCAAACAGGAAGAUCCCAGGGAGAAAGUUCCCCCGAGACCAGCUGGACAAAGGACCGAACCUGAGCCUGGAACCAGCUUUCCUGGUUUUGGAUUUGGAGACAAUAGUUUUCAUAUGUCUUUCGGCAUAGGAGCAUUUCCGUUCGGAUUUUUCACAUCCACAUUCAACUUCGGAGAUCCUCGACCAUCGGCAGCAGCUCACGGUUCACAACAACACAUGGAAGAGCAAUUCUUGUCUAAAAUAUUUCUCUGGCUAGCCAUUCUAUUUCUGACUUGGCUACUAAUGGCUUAAAACAAAUGGUUGAGUCUGUUUCAAAAAUUUGAAUAAAUUAAGUCCUUAGCGGGGAUGUAGUGAACUUUUUGGAUUAUUUUAUCACUAAAUUUUUCGUUAUGUUUAAAUUAAAUUAUAGUUAACUCAAUACAUUUGAACAAUCUCUUUAACUGGCUGGAAUGGAAUAGAUAUUACA